ACCAAACCCUAAGAAGCCACCAGGCAAAUGACGACAAGUGUAAGCUGAAGCAGAAACGCAAAGCCGAGGAGGAUAAGCGAAACGCAAAGCUCAGGCGAACCGACUGUGAUCCGCACAGUUUUCCCGGUUUGCUGGCAUCCAGGCUCCCUCGCCCGGAUCUUAGGAUACCAUUGACUGACGCUGCAAUCCGUUUUGGUGGUUACAGAACCGGAAGAAGAGGUUUUCGACCUUAGAGCCGAGUUAUGCAUAAGGGAUGGAACAGUUACAGGGACCUCGAGAAAUUCGAACAGGACUGCGAGGUGGGAGAGGAGAACGAAUGGCAUGUGGCGGAGAUCGAGAUCGAUCACGAAGUUGGCUUCCUGACCUUCAAGCACCGAAGCAUCGUCAAGGUUCUGCUGGCCAUGUUCAAGAAGAUGUCGGCCGUCAGUGGUUUCGCGAUUGAACCCGAGGAGUGGGUGGUCGAUGGCGAACGCCGAUACAGCACCCCGCAGAACACAGAUUGGAUGCUCAUGGCAUGGGAGCGUGUGAAGAAGCUGGGCAUAGUACUGGCGAUCAUUCUGUUCUCCGAUCAAACCAACUUGUCGUACAACGGUCGCCAGUCAGCACAUCCCUUUGUGAUGUCCAUGGGGAACAUCCCGGAGUGGGCAAGGUGGCUCGAGGGUGGCACGGAGCUGGUUGGCCUCCUGCCGAACAUCCCUCCAGAUCUGAAGCCGGAAGAGAAGACACGCGCCUUCCAGCAAGCUGCAGACAUUUUCAUUGAGCCGUUGAGGCGGCUCUCAAAACUGAAAGGCGGCACCCAAGCUGUUGUAUCGCACAGCCAACUCGUUACUGUCACCCUCCCGCAUUGUUAUCACCCCGAGUCUUGCAAAGUCACGUGCACAAUGGCAUGCAACUCCUUCCGGCCAUGCUCCAUAUGCCUUGCUGAAAAGCCGAGGCUUGCGGAGGUGGAAGACCCGAUUGUUUUGCGAACAGUGCGUGAUCAAGGGCGCUUGUACAAGCAGAUGGAGUCCGCCACCACCAAGAAGAAGCUGUCCGCAUUGAGGACCACCUACUCGACGCACUUUGUCAAGAGUCUUCUGUGGGACUGGGAGUUCGCAAAAACGAUUUGGGGGAACACGUAUCUCGCCGUCACACCUGACAUCAUGCAUAUUAUUGAGCAGGGUUUUUGGCUGCAUGCAAUGAAGUGUCUUGUGAAGAAGCUCACCCCGUCUGAACGGAAGAUCCUUUUAGAGCGAUACAAGUUGCUCAAGGCAAUCACACCGGCGUCCCUUUUGCGCCUGCCCCAAGCCUGGGUGUACUUCACAACCACAGCGAAUUUUUCAGCAUCUGAGCACCGUGCCAUGAUGCAGAUCUUGCCACUCAUCAUCGACCUUCCCGAAAGGGUUCACAUUCGUCGCGCCAUCGUCCGCAUCGCGGACUGGUACAAGGAGUUCAUCCGUGCAGAGUAUCACACUGAUGCAUCCCUCAUCCGCAUGGAGACAGCGACUGUCGUCAUGGUAAAGGCGCUCGUGAAGGCCUUCCCUAACCAGAAGUCCAAGUGGCACAUUGUGAAGAUCCAUCUCCUCGUUCACCUGCCUGCCACCAUCCGAGCGCGUGGCCUGCCACAGGAGUACUCAUCCAACACGUACGAGCACUCUCACAAGACGACUGUCAAGCGCCCCGCCCGUGGAACGAACUGGAAGAACGUCGGGGACCGCAUUGUCAAGAAGCAUGUGCAGCAUGCUGUGGUUCGCCAGCUGUCUCGCGAGGUUGGCGGUGACAAGACUUACGAGACCGCAAUGAAGGAGGCGUGCACCGUGGGCCGUAGGGUGCUGACCAAGACGCACAAGAGGAUGGUGGUGGGGGAUAGCACGGAUCCAAUGUGGAGGAGCUACGUCGCGGUCCUGGGGAAACCUGCGAUGGACGAAAUGGCGUCCCACCUCAAGCUGGCGGGCGUGAAGACCCAGGUCCUUCAGGUGCACACCGCACUUGCCAUCCCUCCACACGACAGGAUGGAAUGGACAGCCAAGGGCCAAUUUGUCAAAGCGAGCCCGUCACAGCGGAACUUCUCUGACGUGGCCAUAAACCCGGCGGGGAAGGGGGCCAACUGGUACGGCCGCUGUCUGGUUCUGUUCCACUACGACAAAGACGGGGCAACGAAGCAGGCUGCCUACAUUGAGUACUACACAGAGGACAGGCAGGUGUGCCACGUCACUGGAUGCCGACGCCUCCUGCCAACGAGGGGUGUCGACAACUAUGCGAUCAUGGAUGCAGAUUGCAUCCUGAGCCUUGUUCAUGUUGUCCCGUGCUGCAAGGAUCCUGAUGUGCGCUUGCUGAACAGAUUUGUGUGGUGAAUUGCCAAGUGGAAUAGUUCUAGUUGCUUGCAGCAAGCAACUUUAGGGCGACCUCAUGACAACAAACUUAUAUUAAAAUCAUGACUGCUAG